CGCGGGAGUGCGAGCUCCGUGGCACUCGCCUGGCCUGCAGCCCAUUGGCCCGACGCCCACCCGCCGGGUCCCGCCCCAGCUGCGACGGAGGAAUAACUCCCCGCAGCAGUGCCUGCCCGCCUGCGCCCCUCUCCCGCGCUCAGUCCCCCUGCAGCCGCUCGCUGUGCGCCCCGUCGCCCUCCUGCCCACCUGCCGUCACCAUGGCCGCCUCCUCCGCUCGGCCCGCAGUCCUGGCGCUGACCGGGCUGGCGCUGCUCCUGCUGCUGUGCUUGGGCCCAGGUGGCAUAAGUGGAAAUAAACUCAAGCUAAUGCUUCAAAAACGAGAAGCACCUGCUCCAGCCAAGACUAAAGUGGCUAUGGAUGAGAACAAAGCCAAGGAAUUCCUCGGCAGCCUGAAGCGCCAGAAGCGGCAGCUGUGGGACCGGACCCGGCCCGAGGUGCAGCAGUGGUACCAGCAGUUCCUCUACAUGGGCUUCGACGAAGCGAAAUUUGAAGAUGACAUCACCUAUUGGCUUAACAGAGAUCGAAAUGGACACGAGUACUACGGUGAUUACUACCAACGUCACUAUGAUGAAGACUCUGCAAUUGGUCCCCGGAGCCCCUACUCCUUUAGGCACGGAGCCAGCGUCAACUACGAUGACUACUAAUUAUGACAUACCACACAGAGCACUAGAAACCAACAGUGAUUUUCCUCAUGUAUCUCCUAAUGGCUUACACUACUUGGUUUCUGUUUUGCUCUAUUUCAGAUCUUUUCCACCUACCUUGUGUGACCAGAGUGUUAAAACAAGGUAUAUAAAUGCCUUUUGAUAUUUCAUAUGAUAUUUCAUAUCAUACAGGUAUCUAACAAUGCAUCUCAGUAAGAAAUAGAAAUAAAGCAUUUUGUUAAAAAUAAACAUCUCAGAAUUCAUUUGGGUGCAAAUUAAGCUGGCGACAUUUCUCAUUCCCUUGGUGUUCUGAAGCUGCAUCUGAGAGGCCUCACUCCACUGUCGUCCCGAUAGUUUUCACCACCAUCUGGGAAGAACGGGGGGGGGGGGGGGGGGGAGGGGGGCUGAGCAGGAGGUCUUCAGUUUGUUAAAAUGCAGUGUACGCCAAAUGCACGACAUGAAAUCAGCAAGAAGAUCUAGUUGCAAAUGAUGUGUGGUUACAGAACGUGGUUUGGAGGAUUUGAAUCAUUCGACAGGGGUUCAAGGGCUUUCUGGGUUCCAGGCCCUGAGCUAGGGCUGGAGCUGUGUAAUACUGUCAUCUGGGAAAUAAGUGGCAAUAGAAAAGAUCCUGGAGUUUGUUGAUUUCAGAGCUACACUAUUCUAAAAAAUAAGACCUUGUUCAAUGAAUUCAAGAAAUAUUUAAGAAUAUACUUUGCAUUGUAUUUAAACAGCCUGAGUGAAGGAGAGAAAGAGAAGAGUGGUGUUGGGUGGGUAGAGGGAGGGGUGCAGGAGGGAGAAGGAAGUGGGAGGUUCUUGCAAGGUCUGCACAGUUGCCAAUAGGAGAGGUCUGUCACGGCCCAUGCACCUGCAAAGCUGCAAGGGGCAA